UCUAAUCACAAUCUUUCGAUCUUGAUCACCAUCCACUUGAUUUCACACACUUACCAACUGCAUAACAAACAACAUUUGAUACAAAAAAAAAAUCAAAGCUUUAACAAGAUUGGUUGGUGGGUUGUUUUAAUCAAAGCUUUAACAAGUUGGAUCCUUUGAUCUUUUAAACUUCUUCAUCUUUCAAGUGUAAUUUGUGUGUUUGCAACUUGGAUCUGCUUCUGGUGUGCUUGUUUCAAUCAGAUGGAGAAUUUUUUACUUUAAUUGAAGGGAAUCCUGUUCUUCCAGUUGUUAUAAAUCAUUAUAGCUAUUGAUUUGAUGGACAGACAGAUCAAGAGUUUGGUGGCUUUAACGGGAUCUACAACGGAUCCCGCAAUCGAGAAUCAAGUGGUUGUUACGGUGGGUGGUCUGGAGUGCAUAUUAAGCAUCAUCAGGGCCCUGAGGAUGGGGUCCUGCUUUUCUGCAGAAAGCAGGAACCCUCUCCCAGCUUCUCCAACAUCAACUUUAGGGAUCGGAAAAAGGAAAAAUUACAAGAAAAGGCCACCGAGAUUACGGUCGUUUGAUCACGCAAGGGAAGAACAACUUCGUAGAAUCGCAGGUCGAAUGUGCUUGAACGGGUCUAGCGAAGUUGCUUCACUCUUUACUCAGCAAGGAAAGAAAGGAACCAAUCAAGAUGCCAUGAUUGUUUGGGAGAAUUUCGGGUCAAGAACAGACACGGUGUUCUGUGGUGUUUUUGAUGGUCAUGGCCCGUUUGGUCACAUGGUCGCUAAGAGGGUUAGAGAUUCCCUUCCAUUGAAGCUAAGUGAACACUGGGAAGUUAACCUUAAAAACACCGAUGAUGAUGUCCUUCGGGAGAUUGUCGGUUUAAACACCGAAGGGACAUCAGUUAAUUCACCAGAUGAGACCUCCGUUAAGCUUGAAGAAACUGAUAAGAACCCUGAAAUCUUUCAAACCUUGAAAGAAUCUUUUUUGAAAGCUUUUAAAGUGAUGGAUAGGGAGUUGAGUAUGUAUGCAAGUGUUGAUUGCUUCUGUAGCGGGACUACUGCGGUGACAUUGAUCAAACAGGGUCAGCAUCUUAUAAUUGGAAACAUCGGGGACUCAAGAGCCGUAUUGUGUACAAGGGAUAAAGAUAACUCUCUCGUUCCUGUUCAGUUGACGGUGGAUCUAAAACCGAACCUACCAGAGGAAGCUGAGCGGAUCCGUAAAUGUAAAGGGCGUGUGUUUGCUUUACGGGAUGAACCUGAAGUUGCUAGAGUUUGGCUACCAAAUUACGAUUCUCCCGGACUGGCCAUGGCUCGUGCUUUUGGAGAUUUUUGUCUCAAGGAAUAUGGUCUCAUUUCCGUCCCUCAAGUUUCUUAUAGGCGCCUUACAGAGAAAGACGAAUUUGUCGUCCUAGCAACCGAUGGGGUUUGGGACGUGCUUACAAACGAAGAAGUGAUUGAAAUUGUAGCUUCAACUGAACCACAUUCACGUGCAGCACAAGCUGUGGUGGAGUCAGCAGUUGGCGCUUGGAAGCACAAAUACCCGACUUCAAAAAUUGAUGAUUGCGCGGUUGUGUGCCUGUUUCUUGGCUUAGAUUCAUCAACAACUUCUGCCAACAAAUUCGAUCAUGGAAAUAAUGUGGAGGAGGAGGAGGAUGAGUCAUCAUCCACCAUGAAUCUUGAAACAGGAAAAGACUGGUCUGCCCUCGAAGGCGUUUCGCGCUUAAACACAUUACUAACCCUCCCGAGGUUUGCUCCCGGUGAGGAUGAUGAGAACCAAGAACCUGGAGGGAAAGCAUAAGUUUUUAAACAAAAAUGAGUGAAAACACGGGGGUAUUAUUGUCAUUUUGGUUUUAUUGUUCAUGUUUUUUCGGUUUGAAAACCAUAAAAAGAAUCAAGAUUGUAAAAAAAAGGAUGAAGAAACAGGCAGCCUGGUGGCAGAUGGUGAAGAACCCGGCUGUUUUAGAGGGUUGGGGAUAUCAUUAUUUUUAUUUUUGGAUUUUGGAGGGUGAAAGGGAAUUUUGUGAAACCAGAUCUUGCUCUUUCUUUCAUUUUAAGUAUUAUUGUGAAUUGUCAAUUAAAUGUUAUGUUGAUUAAAAUUAUAUGGAAGUAAAUUUUGUGACUGAUUAA